AUGAAUAGAUUUGACAAUAGAUCGCAUCAUAACGAAAAUCAAGGAUUAGACGAUGAUGUGGUUGGAGAGAUCUUAGAGGAUAUAGAAUGCCUCAAUUUAGCAGAUUCCGAUGUUGAAGAUACCGAUUUGCUCAAUGAUGAUACUUUUGGAGCAAUUGAAGAUUCCCAUUGGGAUCCAACAGAGACGUUUUUAGAGGCAGAGAGACAAAAAAAUGCUCCAAAAAGAAGAACACGGCCUGUUAAUGCAGAUUUGCAAAAAUUCAGCGAUUUUGACAUUUUAUUAAAACAACCCAAUCUAAACAGACGCAAAAGAGAUUUAAACUUUAAAAGGCGUGAUGGACAGAGAAAAAAUCAUAGCCCAUCACCUCACGAAGAUACAGAACCCGAGGAACGUAUUUGGGAAGACGAUCUUGAAAAAAUUAAAAAGUUUUGUUUAUUUGAAAUUACACCAGACCAUGUUGAGCAAUUAGCCAAUAACGCAGUUAAGUUGUCAGAUAGGUUUAAAUUAUCGCAAAGAACGAUUGAACGUCACGUUAGAUGCGUGGAACGUAAUGAUAGAACAUAUGAACGAGAGUUUUUCAUGAACCCAAACGAGUUUGAUAAGAUUCUAAGAAUCCAACUAGCCCAGGUUUCGAAGGACCCGAAACUCCAAAGCUAUUCAGGAAAGUGGAACCUGUACCAUUUGGGAGUUAAAAAAGGCCCACAACAGGAAGAAACCAGUGAUGGACAAAAUGAAGGUAAACAUGAUGAAACCGACAAUCUUAAACAACCAAAGGAAGAUAAAUUAGAGAAUGCAGAUGAAUCUAAGGUUCUCAGCGAUGAUAAUAAAACAGAAGAGUCGAAACCCACUAAAACUCGCCCAGUGAGGUUUGGAAAGGCAAGUUCAGCAUCAAUAAGGCACGGUAGAAAAUUGAUAUACUUGGGAGGUGAUUCAUCAAAUACUCCAAGAUCGGAAAAUGUUCAAGAUGUGUGCAUGGAUACUCAGGUCAGAACGACAAUUGAGACGUGUUAUGAGACAUUAUAUGUGCUCUGUGACGUUGAAAAUGAAAUAGAAAAAUGCCCAAUGAACCAUGUUUCAGCGCUGGAUAAGAUGCAAAAGGACAGAGAUGAGUACCUGCGAGACCUAUUCAGUAUGUUAACAGGUGAUGAUCAGGUUUUCAGAGGCAUCCUAUCACUUAACAAAGGUAGAUUACUUGCAACCAAAAUCGGCCGCAAGUUCGGCAUUGAGAAUAAACUCCUUUUAAUAUGCUCAAUUAUUAACUCCCUUGACUGUUUUGUUGAGAUUUGCCAAAAUGUAGAUAAAGCUUUGGAAAAUGUUCCAGAUCUGCUAGAUUUCAUCACCUUGGUGACAAACCCACACCAGUUAAAGUCACUGGUGGCCUUUGAAAAUACCUCCGAAAGUACAACAAUGGUCUCGAAUGGUGAGAAGAUACAAAAUGUUUUGUAUGUAUUCAACUCUUACUCAAGACUAUACCUAUUUGCUAUUGAGGGGAUUACCCUAACUGGGCACUUGUUUCUACUAACAGGGAAUAAAGGAAGACACACUGCUCUUCAGAGAUGCUCUAACAUACUCAUUUCAUUCCAGCAAAAGUGUAAGGGAUUUGAGAGGAUCCUAAGCACCAGAUCAGGAGUCGUGUUCAUAAACAUUUUCCUACAAAGAAUUAGGACGAAUGCCGGGGCAGUUGACCAGAAUACAGUGGAUAUUCUGCUACACUACACGCUCGAUAUCUCUGAACACAUAGAGUCUAACCAGAAUGAAUGGAACUCCCUGGCCUCUAACAUUGUUAAAAUGUUUUAA